CAAGGUUGCUGCUACAAACUUGGGGUUCUCAAGAUUGGGGUUUCUAGAUUCCAAGUUGACAGGAUAAAUGUGAAUUUCAUUUCGAUUCCAAAAAUCAGCUUCACAAGCACAAGGUAGAGGGGGAAUAGCCAGCUAAAAAAGUAAAGAAAGAUAGUGAAUUGCAAACUCAAGUGUGAUAAUAUAAUCAAGAAAGCUUAGGCUCUCUUGGGAUAUAUUAAGAGAGCUUCCAAAAUUAAGGAAUCCCUUGUUAGAUCCCACCAAAGUCAGACCACAGCUGGGGUACUGUAUGUUCUGGACCCCGAAGCUUACGAAGGUCACUGACAAACUGAAGAACACCCAGGGAAGAACAACUUGGAUCCCCAAGGAUCUCAAGGCCUUGGGAGUAUCUGCUGAAGGAACACAAAGUAUUUACCGUGGAGAAGAAAAAAAUGAUGGAGGGCACCCCACCUCGGACCGGGCUGCACCGUGGUCAGCUUCAGUGCCGCAAUCUGCAGGAGUUCUUAGGGGGUUUGAGUCCUGGAGUCCUAGACAGACUUUAUGGUCACCCAGCCACCUGCCUGGCUGUUUUUAGGGAGCUUCCAUCUUUGGCUAAGAACUGGGUAAUGCGGAUGUUGUUUCUGGAGCAGCCAUUGCCCCAAGCAGCUGUAGCCCUGUGGGUGAAGAAGGAAUUUAGCAAAGCUCAAGAGGAAAGCACAGGACUGUUGAGUGGUCUCCGGAUCUGGCACACCCAGUUGCUCCCUGGUGGCCUCCAGGGCCUUAUCCUCAACCCUGUCUUCAGACAAAAUCUUCGAGUUGCUCUCCUGGGCGGGGGAAAGGCUUGGUCAGAUGACACAAGUCAACUUGGGCCGGACAAACAUGCCCGGGAUGUUCCAUCACUGGACAAGUAUGCAGAGGAAAGAUGGGAGGUGAUCCUGCACUUCAUGGUUGGCUCUCCCAGUGCAGCUGUCAGCCAGGACCUGGCCCAGCUACUCAGCCAGGCUGGGCUCAUGAAGAGUUCUGAGCCUGGAGAGCCACCCUGCAUCACCUCUGCUGGCUUCCAGUUCUUGCUGCUAGAUACACCCGCCCAGCUUUGGUAUUUUAUGUUGCAGUAUUUGCAGACUGCCCAGAGCCGGGGUAUGGACCUGGUUGAGAUCCUGUCCUUCCUCUUCCAGCUCAGCUUCUCUACUCUUGGCAAGGAUUAUUCUGUGGAGGGCAUGAGUGAUUCCCUUCUUAACUUUCUGCAACAUCUACGAGAGUUUGGGCUGGUGUUCCAAAGAAAGAGAAAAUCUCGACGAUACUAUCCAACCCGUCUGGCCAUCAACUUGUCAUCAGGUGUUACUGGUGCUGGAGGGACUGCUCAUCAGCCAGGCUUUAUUGUUGUAGAAACCAACUACCGGCUAUAUGCUUAUACUGAAUCAGAACUUCAGAUUGCGCUCAUUGCCCUCUUCUCUGAGAUGCUCUAUCGAUUUCCCAAUAUGGUGGUAGCCCAGAUCACUCGGGAGAGUGUGCAGCAAGCAAUUGCUAAUGGUAUCACAGCUCAGCAGAUCAUCCACUUCUUGAAGACAAGAGCACAUCCAGUGAUGCUGAAACAGAUCCCUGUACUGCCCCCCACCAUCACAGAUCAGAUCCGACUCUGGGAGUUGGAGAGAGACCGGCUUCGAUUCUCUGAGGGCGUCCUCUACAACCAGUUCCUGUCUCAGGUGGACUUUGAGCUGCUGCUAUCUCACGCCCGGGAGCUGGGUGUGCUGGUCUUUGAGAACACGGCCAAACGGCUCAUGGUGGUGACCCCAGCUGGGCACAGUGACGUCAAGCGCUUUUGGAAGAGGCAGAAGCACAGCUCCUGAGCCAGCGCCGGGGCUGCAGAGAGCACCCCAGAGACUAUCGGGGAAACGGCUGGAGGUGCAGCCCGGCCCGUCACAGAGUGGAGUAGCGCAGGGUACAUACUGAGAGGGGCCGUAUUCGGGAGCGCUGUGCCCCCGGGCAGCCCGUGGACCGGGUGCUAGCCUCGCUCCCACUGCGCUCAGAAGACCUGAGUCGCCGGGCCCUGCGCUAUUUUUUUAAAAUCACCUCAGAACUUUUCACCCCCAAUAAAUUGUUCCUCCUCCCA